AUGUCGAUUCUCACCAACUCAAUCUCACCGAAUCAAAGAAAACCAUUCAACCUUCAAUCUGAAUUAGCAUUUAAUACUCCUACUCCAAUCGAUAGGACAAAAUCUCAUCACCACGAUCAGAACAAUCAUCCUCGAUCAGUUCAUUUCGAGAAUCAACCAAUCUUAUCUAGUAGUCUCUCUCCAUCUCAAAUUCCACCUCGUAGACUCUUCAAUUCAGAUCGAUCUCAACAACAGAAGGAUAUCAAUAACUCUCAUAUCUCUCAUCCAACAUCUGAACAAAAGUCACAUUCCUUUUCAGUCGAAAACAACAAAUAUCCCAGCUUACCAUCUCAAUCGGAAUCGUUUUUCAAUCUCAACCAGCUGCCAACUCACUCGUCUCCUCCUCAUCAAACUUCAAGCGUAUUUGUUACCCCUAAAAAAUCUACGCCUGAUUGGCUUCAAGAACUCGUCGAUCAAGCUAAACCAAACCUAGAUUCUUCUACAAUUUCAUCUAAUCAUAAACUCUUUGGUCACUUUCCAUCCACGUCUCAUUCAACUUUGUCAAAGUCACAAGCUUUCAGUCCUCUUCAGUCUUCUUUGCCUCAAAUUUCUAAUCAAAAAGCCUCGAAAUCAAUCGAUCAAUCCUCGGUCUCACAAAGCACUCCUACCCCCAGAAUCAAUUCAAAGGUUCCCAUCAGUUUGAACCCGAACCUUACUGCCGGAGUCAAACUCGGUCAACUUCAAUUAAGUCAGAGACUGAGAGUCAAUCUCAUUUCCUUUGUCUUCCUUCUCAUCUUCACCUCGACCAAAACAUUUGAUAAGCUGCUUGAUACAAUCGAUUCUCGUUUCCCUAGUCUCAGUACUCCUGUAUUCGUACUAGAAUGGUUGAUCUUACUCUUACUCUUUGGUAACACCCUUGAAGCCUAUUAUAAACUCAAGACACGAGCACCUAUCACUCAUGUGGAGAUCCCACUAACCCCUCAACAAAUUCGUGGUAACAUUUCUACUCCGCAAUCACUCAGGAAUUCCUCGCCAAAUGUCACCAGUCGCGCCUCCAUGGAUCCCAAAUCCAGCAUCAUAGCCCUCCAACGUUCUAACAUCAAGAGCCCAACGAAAAGAACGUUACUACCGGAGCCAUCCUCUUAUAAGAAAGCAUGGUCCACGUCCAUUCUCACCCACGACCCUCUAGCCAAUCCGUUAUCCCAAAGUACUGGUCGAAUCUUCAAGCGACAUAGUCUCGAUCCCAACAGUAAUAACCUAUCUUCAUCACUCAACGCAAGUCAAACCAUUCAUUCCUCGUCCCAUUCACCGAAUGUACGUCGACCACACGAGCUUCAACUCAGUCAGUCCGUUCGCAAAGUUUCCAACCCAAACACACUCCAUUGUUUGCUCGAAGAAACUCUCAGAUAG